UUGUGACUCCCUUUGUGACUCUGGCUUUGCAGCCAGUUUAGCUUGCCCUUCCGUCCUAUUUCUCUCAGGCUCUCUUACACAUGCACUAUUUUUCUCCACUUUGGGUUUCAGCUAGUAAUUACAGUGAGGUUUUGUAAGAUCAGUAGCUACUUCUAAACAGAAGAAGAAACAUGACACAAAAAGUCAGCUUUUUGGAAAAUGCCAUUUUACCUCCACCCUUUACUUUUGUUUUUUCAUUUUAUCUAAAUGCCAACAAUGUCAAAAACUUGACAUUGUUGGCAGGGAGUCAAACUUACCACUUGAACUACAGCAACUUUUCCCUAUAUGUGAAAUAAACGUGCAUAAAAAGCACAAAAACAGAAUAAAGUAACAGAAUUAUCUUUAAAACUUUAAGAAACAGAUAAUAACACUUCAGUUAUUCAGGAUAUUACCUGUAUUUUUAUAAAAACACCUACAAUUAUUCCACAUUGGUAUUGUUUUCCAGAAUACAGCCCAAAAUGUGUGGGAAUCAUGCCAAAGAAAGCAAAGUCUACAACAAAGACUGCAGCUUUACAAGUUCUUUCAAGAAAUCUAGUCAUAGUAAGAGGACAAAGAAGGUGAAGAACUUGAUCACCUGUAACCACCUAAAGCUUGAAGAGGGUCAAAAGAAACAUACUGCACUUUUUAAUAAGGUAAAAGCCUUUAAAGGACCAAAUUCUCUGUUUUAGUUUAAAUGACUGAAAUGACAUUGCUUUGCUCUUAGGUGUAAUGUGUUGGGGGAGUGGGCACCUCAACAGAAGUAGACUAAAAAGACGAAUUUGAUGUAAUAUGUUAAGUGGAAAGUGAUAUUGAGUGAUAGUGGGUGGCUGUGGUGGACGGAGUGGACACAGUUAAGUUGCUGUCCGUCUAUCAGAAAAAUAUAUUAUAUACUUUGCUUCGGAGUCUGUUAAAUAAAAAAAUAAUAAUAUUUUUAUAAGUUGUAAAGACAGGUUGAAUCCUUUAAUACUGCGAGUGUCGACGUAAAGAAAUUUCAUAGUAAAAACACCAAAGCUAUUGCGCAUGUGCAUGGGUGUAGCCGCGCCCUCUUCGAAAUUCAGUAACUCUGAUUGGUCAACUGUGCGGAAGCAGCUUGUGGCGCCGUAAACAACGUGAGGUUUGGCUCAACUGUCUUGCAGUCUCCUAAAAAAACAUUUGGUAUUCCACUAACAUUUAAGCAUAAGUUUAGAAAGUGCGUCUGUGUUGUACGUGCAACAUACGAAAGCCCCCUUAAUUAUUUCGAUGGUGUUGCACAGCUGCUAGUUUGGAUUCAUUUUAGACUAACUCGACGGGGAAAGUUCGUUUGCAGAAAUGCAGUGUGUCGUGACGGGAGGAAACGUGAAAGUGUUGGCCAAAGCUAUCCAUUCUCUGUCGCGCAUCGGUGAUGAGUUGUACGUGGAGCCCCAGGAAGACGGGCUGGCGCUGCGGUCUGUGAACUCUUCUCGGUCGGCAUAUGCUUGCUUCCUGUUCGCACCACUCUUCUUCAGCAGGUACUCGAUUCCCGACGGGAGAAACUUCCGCUGCAAGAUAGCAAUAAAGAGUGUACAGUCUGUAUUCAGAUCUUUGGCAACUCUGGAGAAAACGGUAGAAAAGUGUCACAUUGAGCUGAAUGAGCAGAAAGACCGCCUCACCUUCACCCUGCACUGCAAACAUGGCCUUUUAAAAACACACAACCUGUCUUACCAGGACAGUGAAAGUCUGCAGGCAGUGUUUGAUAAAGACACCUGCACCAAUGAGUUCAGAGCGCAGCCAAGGGUGCUGGUGGAUACAGUCGCCCACUUCCCUCCAUCUCUGGAAGAAGUGACUGUGACGGUGAGCGAUGAGCGGAUGUGGGUGAGAAACCAUGUGGAGGAUGAAACAGAGCGGUCCAAGGCCAUGCUGACAGAGCUGUGUCUGGCUUCUGAUGAGUUUGACCAUUUUGUUGUCAAGACUCCUAACAGUGUCACCUUUUGUUUGAAGGAGUUUCGGGGUUUGCUUGUGUUUGCAGAGUCCAGCAAUCUUCCUGUUUCCAUGUACUUUGAUGAACCAGGAAGUCCCGUGGUGCUUUCAGUGACAGACGGUGUCCUUGAGGGAAACUUUGUGCUGGCUACACUUUCAGACGACCCCAGCCUUCCUAAAAACAAAAGCAAAGGAGCUCACGCACCGCCGUCACCUCCUCCUGAUGACUUUAUGAACGAUGACAUGGACUCCUACCUAAUUGCCAUGGACACCAGUGUUGCAUCAGGACCCUCGACUGCUGGCCCAUCAGCAUCAACACUAACCGACCCCUGUACCUCAAAACUCCCUGAAGCCAAUCACAGGACAAGAACACACAGUGAGGAGGAGGAAGAGGAGAUGGAGGAUGGUUCUGACAGGCCACCCAACAAAAAGUUCCGAUCCCUUUUCUUUGGAUCCGUGUUUCCUCCAUCCCCCAAGAUUAGUACACAACCUGUGACGACUCAGGAGGUGUUGGCCAGCGACAGUGAGGAUGAAUCUUAAGCGGGGUGACAGACAAGGGAGUUGCAGGUAGACGUGACGGUAGAGGGGAUGUGAAAAGGCUACUGCAUCACGACCUGAGGACUUCUUCAAUAAAAAAAAAAAGUGGCAGUUUGGACUGUGCUGCUCCCCUUUAUCGCCCGCUGUGAGGCUUACAUGGACCCUGUUUGUUACUGAGAGGCCAGCAGCGUUCUUGUUGGAUUUGAUCUGGGAUCACAUAGAACUGAAAAAGAAGCACUUCUGUUUAUUUAUUUAUUUUUUUGGUUUUGCAAUAUGUCUGAUAUGUAAAGCAGAAGCAGGAUGUCAAAUCCCACCAAAUAAAUGUUUUUCAAGUAAA